UUCCCCUCUACUCCGUCGUAAAUCAGUAAUUGCAUCUCCGAGAUUCCACAACUCGCUGUAAGAAACUGAGAAUUUAAAACCGCCGAUAGUAGUACGGCGUCUUUGUUCGUCCUUCCAUUGCGGAAACUUGUAGAAUUUGCAGCACAAUUCAUGGCUUCUUCACUCUGUUGUCCGCUGCCACUUGGAAUCCCCCUUGCACAUUACAAGCCUCCAUCGAGGCUACCAGUUCCAUCUCUGGCUGUGGCCGCUUCUUCGGACCCUAUCGUCACUUCCAGUUCAUCUGGAGAAUCAACAAGAUUGAUCACGUUUCUCGGAAAAGGUGGCUCUGGCAAGACCACCUCUGCCAUUUUUGCCGCUCAGCAUUAUGCAAUGGCGGGACUAAAUACAUGCUUAGUUGUACAUAGCCAAGACACCACCGCUGAUUAUCUCCUCAACUGUAAGAUUGGAAAUUCCCAAGUUGAAUGCGACACGAACCUUUCAGCUGUUAGGUUGGAGACAACUAAAAUGCUUCUUGAACCUCUAAAUCGUUUGAAGCAAGCUGAUGCCAAGCUUAAUUUGACACAAGGCUCUCUCGGAGGGAUCGUUGGAGAAGAGCUUGGUGUCCUGCCUGGGAUGGACUCAAUAUUUUUGGCACUUUCACUUGAGAGGCUUGUUGGAUUCUUGGGGACUACUGCACCAAAGAACCAACCCAAAAAAUUUGAUAUCGUAAUAUAUGAUGGUAGCAGCAGCGAUGAAACCCUGCGUAUGAUGGGUGCAACCAGCAAAGCAAGGUUGUACUUGAAAUACUUGCGCAACUUGGCUGAGAAAACUGACCUUGGGAGAUUGGCUGCUCCUUCACUUCUGGGACUUGUGGAUGAGGCCAUGAGCAUUAGUGGCAACAGACCAUAUUUUGAUGGGAAAAUGAGUGCUGAAAUAUGGGACUCACUGGAUGAGCUGCUGGCGAGAGGAUCCUUUGCCUUCCUAAACCCACAGAGAUUUGGUUGCUUCCUUGCGAUGGAUCCAAACAAUCCAACCUCUGAUAGUUCUGCAUUACGAUAUUGGGGUUGUACGAUCCAAGCUGGUGGACAGGUUUCUGGUGCUUUUGGUGUCACCUCUCAGCAGCUGGAUGUAGAUUCAAUGGAUAGAGUAAAGAAAAAUUUUUCGCCCUUGCCUUCUGCUUUCAUUUCAAGCACGUUGAUGAAUAGCCCCAUAGCGUGGAACAGAAUUCUGAUGGACCCGGCCAAUGAAGAGGCCAGGCAUAUUCUUACAUCAUUUGCAAGCCAAUGCAGCACUAUUACGUCAUCAGUUAAAUUUGAUUCAAAGAGAAAAGUAGUAACUCUCUUCAUGCCAGGUUUUGACAAGUCAGAGAUCAAGCUAUACCAAGACGAUGAUAAAGAAUGAUAAGAAAGUAAAACCUCAAGAUCAGUUUUUACUUAUCCCAGUUGAUACGUGGCAGAAGCAUCAAAACCAGUGGCCAAACUAUUUUUCCUAUUACUCCUAUGGCUAAUUCCCAAAUUACCCUUAAUUCCCGUGUAUCAGAGGAUGAUAAAAAAAAUGAUAGGAGAGUAAAGACAUCCAUCCACGAGCUUUUCUGUCUCCGUGGUUAAUGAGGAAUGCUUUCUGAACCAUGGACAUCUCUUCAGAAGAAUAAAUGCCUUGAGUUCAAAUGAUAACAAAAUGUAGUUAUGUUGUGACUCUCAUCCUGAUAUAAAUCUCUUCACUACAUGGUUGAAGUGUGCAAAUAGUCAUGCUGCUGAAUUGCUAAUUGCAUAGGUUUGU